AUGUCGGGAGAUAUGUGGAAACUGGCCACUAGGGGCAACAGUGAGCGCUGUGACCUUCAAAACUGCGCAGAGGCCUCCUUCCUUCCCAAUGACCUGAAGCAGUCAUCACCAAGUCUGGACGCAAGAUCAAAGCAGAGGAGACAUGUCGCGCUCGGCUUCGGAGGAGGAGGAACAAGGAAGCAGCGAAACUCCUCCCCACUGGAAGGAGGAAAUGCAGAGAACAAGACCUACCAGCCACCCAGCGAAGAGAGAUGGAGCCGAGGAGAGAAAUGGGAGGGAGACCGCACCAGGAGUGACUCCCCAUGGUCCCAGUCCCCGGAGUGCUCCUCAGGCCACAGCUCUGACCGCUCCAGCCAGCACCGCAAACACAGGAAGGAGAAGAAGAAAGCCAAGCGCAAGAAGGCCAAGAAACGCAAACAUGCCAAGAGACAAAAAAAGGAGUCCACCAAGAGCAAAGAGCCAAAACAGUCGCCCGUCCGAGAGGGUCAGGGGUCAAAUCCUGGUGAUAUUGAGAGAAGGUCCCUCUCCGUGUCCCGGACCCCUUCCGCCCACAGACGCUCCCCCAGGAAGCAGUGCUCCGGGUCGGGCAAGCGGCGUCACUCCUCCCCUUCAUCCAGAGACUCCAGUUCCUACACACCUAGCCGCUCCAGAUCCAGGGGCAGGUCUAUGUCUUACUCCCAGUCCAGGAGUCUGUCUCACUCCAGAAGCAGGUCUCUAUCCAUGUCAAGGUCCACAUCCAGGUCUCGAUCCAGAUCCCGGUACAGAUCCAGGUCCAGGUCUUUGUCCCGGCUCAGGAGGAGAAAGGCAACCAGAUCCUCCAAGAAGCCCAAGAUGGCUGACGUCAGCAGGCUAAAGCCAGACGCCGCAGGGGCAGUGAAGGGUGUAGAGACCAAAGGCACAGCCCUCCCUGCCACCCCAGCCCCUGAGAACGCCCCUGUCAUACCCAUGAGUGACAGUCCCCCUCCCUCACGCUGGAAGCCCGGCCAGAAACCAUGGAAACCCUCCUACGUCCGAGUCCAGGAGGUCAAGACCAAGACGACCCCGGCCUGCCUGUCCCCCAUAGGCCCCACAGCCCCCAGUACAUCUGAGACCCACCCAGAGAACUCCCACCUGGAAAAGAGCCGUGGCUCUAAGAGCCACAGACACCAGAGAAGAUCACCCAGCGGCUCCUACAGGAGCAGGUCCUACAGCCGGUCUCACAGUCACUCCAGGAGUCACUCCAGGAGUCACUCACGGUCCAGGAUACGGUCACCAGGUCACUACUACAGCAGAUCCUCCUCCUACAGCAGGUCAGACUCAUAUGACUCUCACAAGAGAGGCCUAGACAAGACUUUAGACAAGACUAUAGACAAGGGCUGGAAGCAGUACUACAACUCUCUGAAGCGGAUCAAGAACCUGGAUAAGUACCUCAAAGCGCCUGACUCCCAGAUCAACAUGUUUUCAUCUGACUCUGAGGACGGAACAGCCAGCGAACACAGUCCUGGGCCCAGGCAGAAUGGCUCCAAGGGACCGAAGCUCUUUGGCACCUUAUCAGAAGACCAACGUCGUCAGGAAACGGAAGCAAAAAGUCUGAAACCAAACCAAAAGUCCUUGGAGGAACCCAGCAGUAGGUCAGAGUGGGACAGUGACGGGGAUAAACUAGGCAGAAAGACCAGCCUGGUGAACAACCAGAAGCCUGAUGUUAGGUCAGCAGAGAUUCCUGACCAGAGACUAGCAGCUCUCGCUGGGUGGGACUCUGAGAGCGACUCUGAGAAGGUGCUGCCCAAGAUGGCCACCACCGAGCCCAAGGUCUUCCUGUCAGAGAAGGAGGAGGGCGAGGCCAGCUCCGAGUCAGAACACGAACACCAUGUGCGGUCACACAGCAAGAUGAACAAAGCCCCUGGAACCUCUGUGUUGCUGCUUCCUGCACCUGUACAUAAUGCCACCCCAUUGGAGGGGAGCCCUGAGAAGGGCCCCGAGGCAGAGAGACACAAGAGCAGGAAGAAGAACAAACGUAAACACAAACACAAGAGGAGGAGCUCUGCCAAGUCUGGCUCCCACAGGUCAAAGGUCAAGUCGAAGCGGUCCAAGAGGAAACACCAGAAGCUGAAGGAGACAUUCCACUGGCAGCCGCCAAUGGAGUUUGGAGAGGAAGAGGAGGAGGAUGAGUCCCAGAAAGAAAAACGUCUGGAGCAAAAACAUGCUGCUGUAAAGGAUAGUCCUCAGAGAGCUGUCAGGGGAAGACCUGGCAAAUCCCCACGUCUGGAAAAGGAGGACAAGGAAAGUCCUGCUUCACCCAACAGAAACAGUUCAGUACAGCCAACGCCUCACAGCGUGGAAGAUGCAGCAGAGAUGACCAAAGAACUGAAAGCUAAACCAACUGCCAACUCAAACCCAAAACACACAAAACCUCAGGACCUCACUGCUAACCUGCCAAAGAUGGAUCAGCCAGAGAUGGUAGACGAUAUGGAAAUCUGCACCCCAGAACAUGACCUCCCUGACCCCACUACCGAGCCACCAGGCCAACAGGCACCAGAUAUCAGUCUGAAAACACUGUCUCCUCUGAGUCGCUCCUUAAAGAAGGGAGACGUGCUUCUCUCACCUGUUAAAGAUCCACAGUGUACAGCCUCUCUGCCAGCUGUGAUGCUAGCUAGUGUCGAGCAGCAGGAAACUGCAGCAGGCAGAGCCGCUGGUCCUCCUGUCGACCCCAAAUGGAAGCCUCUAAAGGGGAUGGCUGCUCUGCAAGCCCUGAACCCAAACCCCUCCUCCAUGGCUCAUCUGCUCCCCACCAGACUCCCGGAGCACAGUGGGUCCCGGACCCAGCCCCAGGAAGGCAUCAGGCCCCAGGGUAGCAGGACCCAGAGCCAAGGCGGGAGGACCCAGGGGGGAGUCAGCAUCCAGAUCAAGAGCCAGAGCCGGGUGCGUCCGGGGUCGCUUUUCGACGAGGUACGGAAGACGGCCAGACUGAACCAAAGGCCCAGGAACCAGGACAGCAGUUCCAGUGAGGAGAGGUCUGCAGCUGGAACCGGGGGAGGGGCCACGGAGGAGAAGCGGGGCAGCAGGAGGUCCCGGUCGGGGUCUAGCCAUUCCCACAGGUCCCGGUCCAGAGGAAGAUCCCCCUCCUCCAGCCGCUCCAGGAAUAGAUCACGCUCCUCCAGCUACUCCUCCAGGAGUCGGAGCAGGAGUAGGAGGAGGUAUCCCAGAGGGCGCUCCCGGUCCCGCAGCAUCACCUACCGCAGCUACAACAGUCAUAGUCGGACCUAUAGUAGAAGUAAUUCCAGAAGCCGUUCCCAUGAUCGACGCAGGAGAUCCAGGUCUGACUCCUAUGACACUUCCUCCAGUCGGAGUCAUAGCCGCAGCUCCAGCAGGAGACGUGGGAGAAGGAGUGAUAGCUACAGGAGCUCCAGGUCCUACCACUCCUCUAGUCGCAGCUCCUCCGACACUGGAGUCACAGUGGAAGAUACAGCUGAUCUGGACCAUGUCUGUUACCGUUCUGUCCUGAUGACUCAUGAGUCUGUCCUGAUGACUCAUGAGUCUGUCCUGAUGACUCAUGAGUCUGUCCUGAUGACUCAUGAGUCUGUCCUGAUGACUCAUGAGUCUGUCCUGAUGAUCAUGAGUCUUUCUGAUGACUCAUGUCUGUCCUGAUGACUCAUGAGUCUGUCUCUGUCCUGAUGACUCAUGAGUCUGUCUCUGUCCUGAUGACUCAUGAGUCUGUUCGUCCUGAUGAGUCAUGAGUGUCUUGGUCCUGAUGAUUCAUGAGGUGCUUGGUCCUGAUGAUUCAUGAGUCUGUCUCUGUCCUGAUGAUUCAUGAGUGUCUUGGUCCUGAUGAUUCAUGAGUCUGUUUCUGUCCUGAUGAUUCAUGUGGGCUGAUCUGGUUCAUGAUUCAUGUGGGUCUAUACAGCUAUCAUGCCUACUCCCUGUCACUCAGUG